AUGCCAAAAGUCAAUAGUAACAAUUCUAAUCGUGUUAAACGUCGUCAAUCAAUUUGUACAAGUACCCCUUCGUUCCGACCUUCAUCUGAUGACCAAACAACAGCCGAAAUCUUGUCAGGUCUUACUGCUGAACAUAUUCCUUUACCUGAUACACAUUUCAUUAAGCGAGUUUUGGAAAAUUCACGUAGAGCUAAAUCAAAGAAAAAUGAUCCUCCAAGACCUCCCAAUGCAUUUUUUUUAUUUCGUAACGCACUUCAUAUUCAUUUAUCAACACAUAAUUUGAAAGUACCUCAAGUUUCAAUGGCAGCAGGAAAAUUAUGGGAUAAUGCCACGGAAAAAACCAAGAGUCAAUAUACAAGAUUGCAAGAAAUUGCAAAAGUUUUACAUUUGGAAAUGCAUCCUGCACAAAUACGCCAUCAUCAUCAUCCAUUACUAACUCAACCAUUUCAAACUACACAUGUCAUACAUAACAACCUUAACAAUAACCAUUCAUCCGUUCCCUCAUUCACUCAUGAUGUUUCUAAUCCAUCUUAUGCAAGAAACACGCGAAGGUCGUCACCAGUUCAAAUCCCAAUUAAUAAUAAUCAUCAAUUACAUUAUAUGAGAUCUCAAAUUCAAUCUCAACCACAAUUAUUUGCUAAUAAUUUGUCACAACAACGACAACACCAGCAGCAACAUCAACAACGACAGCAACAGCAACAUCAACAACGACAGCACCAGCAGCAACAUCAACAACGACAGCAACAACAACAUCAACAACGACAGCAACAACAACAUCAACAACGACAGCAACAGCAACAUCAACAGCAGCGGCAACAUCAUCAACAGCAACAGCAACGCGUUUCAAGUUUAAAUGUAAUAGGUCAACCUUCCAUUUUUAAUCAUACCUUGCAAAUAAUUGAUCCUACGUUAAUAACUACAUCAGCUCCUACUUUAACAUCAUCUAAUGUUAAUCUAUUUAAUGAAUCCUCAAAUGGAAGUAACGGUUUUGUUACUGGAUUAGGAAUCCAAGAUAUGUCUAAUUUUAUGUCUUUGGGGUUAUGUGAUCAGGAUGAUGGUUCUUUCAAUGAGUGGAUCAAUUGGGACAUCAAAUAUUAA